CUGUAAUGUGAGACGCACCUUAUACCUACCCAGACGACCUGCAGUCAAGAUAGAGGAUCUUCACCAAUAGCCCAUGAGUGCCCAAAGCCUCUCUUACCGAGCAGAAGACAUCCAGUCACAGAGGGGGCAAACCAGACGAGCAGUGCACUCUCUCUGAGAGGGAAGAGUGCCACAAGAGGGUCUUCUUCAGCCCAGGGGAGCUAGGAGCACACACUGGUAUCACUCCAGACUGUGAAUCAGCUGCUCUGCUGGGACUGAGAGUGCCUCACCAACACUCCUCUGAGAUCCAGCAAACAUGGCACAGAUUCAGAAAAAAACCUCAACCAUGUCUCUAACGAUAUCAUCGUGCUCCCGAGACACGUCCUCGUCCUCUUCAUCAUCCUCAUCCUCGACUUCAGUACAGCAGAGGCACUCCAGUUCAGUCCAGCCCGUCUGCAUCAGCCCUCAGAUGGUUCAGAACAGAAUCCAGGGUUCAGGGAAUGCUGGAGUGUCUCCAACCUUCGUCAAGGGUCUUCAUGACGUGAGCACAGUGAAGGGGCAGCUGGUGGUCCUGGAGUGCAGGAUCAGAGGGACGCCUCCGCUUCACAUCUCCUGGUUCAGAGAGAACGAGCAGAUCAUCGACUCGGCAGACUUCAGGAUUCUCAGAAAGAAGGCAAGUUCAGCUUCUGUUCCCGAGGAAUUGUGCACCCUGGUGAUCACAGAGGCGUAUCCAGAAGAUUCUGGAAUAUUUAAAUGCACCGCAUCAAAUCAGUUUGGGACAGUAACAUGCAGUGCCAUGCUUGACGUAUAUACAGACCUCGAGGAUGUGUUUGGAGAGGAGGAUGAGCCUUCGUCUCUAAGCUCAGCUGGACUAGAGCCGGAUGACCGGUCUAAUGACCAGGAUGACACACUAAUUCCUCCUCCAGAAUGGCCUGACAGCUCUGAGGAAGAGACCGCCACACCAGUAGCACGGGUGCAGGAGUCUCCUGUGGACGCGGAGAGCAAACAGGCGACUGAAGCUGCAGAGCUCUCCUCCAUGAGCAAACCUGAUCCUCCAGCGAAGGGGGUUAAAAACAGUGUCCCACAUCCAUUCCUUCCCACCAGCAAGCUGAGUAACCCAGCGGAGCCCAGAGGCAGUGCCAUGAACAUGGCUGACCUGCCCACCUUCUCUCCAUCGCUCUACCCCCCCAGUGCCUUUAACUAUGAGCGCCCUCGUCAUUUCAUCCAGUCCCGGCCCAGUUUCCACACACCUGACCGUGAGAUCAGCAAACCCAACAACCUCAGUCCCCCGGCUUCAACAGCUGCCCCAUUACUGAGUCCUCCUCAGCCUGGACCCGCUCGGACAUCCAUGAGUUCAAGCAUGACUUUGAUUCCCAAACCACGGAGCUCUCCAAACAAUGAGAAACUCUCAUCAGCAGCUUUCCUCUCGUCUGUCCUGCCUUCCCUGCCGAGCUCCCAGGCCCAGAGCAUGUCCACACCUCGGUCUCCAUCUCCAGUCAGCCCAACACCGAGAGCCCAGGAGCAUCCUCUGUCUCCUCCGAGUCGCUCCCUGGAUCACGCUCCUGCUGCUGCAACACCACGGAUAUCUCCAGAUACUCCAAAAACAAGCGCUCCACCUCCACAGCCUCCACCGGUGUCUCACAUGAGCUUCACACCCAACACCCUGCCGAGGCCGAUCUUGAAGAAGACUGUUUCGCGACCAGUGUCCCGCUCCACAGAUGAAGAGAUUCAGGGCUCUAAAGACGCUCUCAUACAAGACCUCGAGAAGAAGCUGCGUAACAAAGCUCCUGAGCAGAGGACCAUGCAGAAGAUGUCUUACGAGGAGCGGAUGGCCAGAAGAUUGCUGGGAGCAGAUAAUGCCGCCUCAGUAUUUGAUCUGGAAAACUCAUUCAGUUCACAGCCUGCACAGCCAGGCUCUCCAGAAGGUGUCCAGCCUGGAGGAAUAUGGUCCAGAAAGAAUCGUCCCGGAGGAGACGGUACAGAGGCCUCGACCAUCCAAGAGAAGUGUUUUGCUCCUCGUUUUAUACAAGUGCCACAAGAUCUUUCUGUUGAAGAGGGACGGUUCUGCAGGAUUGACUUUAAGGUUAUAGGUUUGCCGACUCCAGAUGUUUCUUGGUAUCUGGAUGGUAAACUCAUCCGGCCUGAUGAUUAUCAUAAGAUGCUGGUGUGUGAGUCAAGCGUGCACUCCUUCAUCAUAGAGAUCGUGACUAUUCAUCACGCAGGGGUUUAUGAAUGCGUAGCCAAGAACCGAGCCGGAGAGAGCCACUUCUCCCUGCGUCUGGAUGUGAUCGCCCAGGAGCAGCUCUUUCCUCCCUCGUUUGUGAUGAAGAUGAGGAACUCACGGGUCCUGGAGGCCGACGCCGUGCGGCUCGAGUGUAAGGUGACGGCAUCUCCAGCCCCACAGAUCUACUGGAAGAAAGACAAGGACAUGCUGCGCAUCGACCCCAUGAGGAUGAGUCUCUCUCAGGACGCUUCAGGAAAGCAGUGUCUGGUGAUUGAUCCAGUGAUAAAGUCUGAUGCAGGCUGGUACACGGUGUCUGCCAUCAAUGAAGCAGGGAUGUCCACAUGCAACGCCAGGCUAGACGUGGCCACUCGUCUGAAUAAGUCUGCUCCUGCUGUCAGGACACUGAAGCCUCUGCCCAUCUUCUCCACACUGAGCACCGAGCCUGCUCCUCAUCACACCGCGCCGCUCUACGAGAGCGAGGAGCUGUAGACUAACACAGAUCAUGAGGAACAACUGCAUCCCUCACUAGCUCUCAUGUGCUGUUUUAGCUGGACACAGAUCACCAGUUUCAUAAAGCUGCACAUUUAUGACACCCAAUACAAGGGAAAACAAUGUAUCUAAUGAUAUUUGUUAGACUAAUGCUUUGAUUGCUGUAUGUCUCUCAGUAUAUGCGUGCAGUGCAGUCUGUUAUGAUACACUCAUAACUACAUGAUGAUCGUAUACAUGUACUGAAGAUGAUAUUUGUUGGAAUUUUUGUUACUAGUACAAAGGAUUUGGUCAAAUGCAUUGAUUACGGUCCUCAACGCAGAUAUCAUUUGUGUUAUAUAUGAUGUGAGAUGAACAUUUGAGUAAAGAUCUUUGUGAAA